UGAAGGACUCCUGUAAAGAGAGCUCUUCCAGAAUGCUGUUGGAGGAUUCUUUUUUGACCUUUACACGAGGAAAUUCGCUUGCAUUAGGGGCAUGUCUUCUCGGAGACGGUCUAUCCACGAUUACCUCGAACUAAUGUGGGGAACGAAAUACGCCGAAGCUGCGCAGCUCGACGUUGAGAGCAAGUUCGCAACAAUGGCAUUGGCGUUCAAAACAGACCGAUUUACCCUGACCAGGAGAGUUGACGUGCAUAAGCAUCAACGAGAUCUCGCCGAAUCAAGCGUCAAUACAGAAGUGGAAACCUUGCAAAAUCUUCUGAACGAACUUCGAAUUCGGUGCAAGGACGUGGUUUGCCAAGAAAUUAUCGACAAACUCCAAAGCCAGAUGGGCGUCGUCAAGCAUUCAACAGACAAGGCCAUAUGUCGAGCAGAGAUGUACGGACAAGUGCAACAAGAGAACAAGGUGUUCAAGGCCUUGGAAAUCAUGAUCGGAUACGUGGAAAAUCUGAAAAGGACUUACGAAAGCGAGCAUAUGGAAUUAGAGGAUACGAAACGAAUUCUGAUGGAGAACAAUAUUGUGCUCGACCAUGACCAAGUGAACGUGAUUGUCGACGGCGUGAAGGAUUCCGACGGCGGAGUCGACAGCAGGUCGUCCAAGGAUGCCCAGGGAACGCCG